AUGUUGCGCUGGGGAAUUCUUGGUACCAGCUUCAUCUCCGACACGGUGGUCAAGUCGAUCCUCGCCAGCCCUGGUUCACGCAUCACGGCCGUCUUUGGACGCAAUGAGGCCCGUCUCGACGCUUUUGCUGCAAAGUACAACAUCGCCACCAAGUACCAGGACCUGGAAGCUCUGAUUGACGAUGCCGAGGUCGAUGUCGUCUAUGUCGGCUUGCCUAGCCAUAUGCACUCCUCUGCUGUGAUUGCUGCCGCGAAGAGGGGCAAGGCCAUUCUCUCAGAGAAGUCUCUUGCAACAACCAUGGAAGACUCGCGUGCUAUGAUUGCAGCUGUCAAGGAGGCCAACGUGUUCUUCCUCGAGGGACUCAUGUAUCUCUCUCACCCAUUGAUGGAGAAGGUUGCCUCCAUUGUGCGGUCUGGUGUUCUCGGCUCGAUCAAGGGCAUGUCAGGCUACUACGCCGCCAACAUCUGGAAGAAGGCCAAUCCUCUGGGCAUGGGCACCAUUUACAAUCUGGGAUGCUACCCGGUUUCCCUUGUGCACUUCAUCAUGGAGACGGCGUUUGGACCCGAGGCGUUUGAAAAGAGACAGCUCACUGGCAUGGGCAACCUGUCCAACGAGGGCAGUCUGCAUGCCCGUGAUGCUUCUCUCAAUGUUCGAUUCGACAAUGGCGUCUUGGCCACAGUCCAGUCAACUGAUAGCUUUGGCAACGACUUCUCCUUUUCUAUCCAGGGCGACAAGGGUGUUUUGCGAUUCAAGACAAACCCCUGGCUCCCACUGGCAGGCAACAACAUUGUUGAGAUUAAAACUUACGGUGGAGCGACAGAAGAGAUUAUAGUUUCAGCCCAGAUGGACGCUUUCGGGCAUCAGGUGAAGCGUGUGGAAGACUGCGUCGCACAGGGUCUCAAGGAAGCCCCAAGGCCAUCACCAAGCUGGACCAACUCUGUUUCAAUCAUGGAUUUGCUCACCUCGUGGGAAAAUGACAUUAAAAAGCGAGCGAACUAA